AUGCGCGUGUCCGCCACUACUAUUCUCGCACUUCCGCUGCUUGCGACAGCAGCAGAGUCGCCCUUUGAGCAGUACAAGGCGCAGUUCCAGAACUUCUUGAGCUCCUUUGGCGCGUCCGCCCCUAGCGCGGAUACACCUGCCGCUGCUGCCCCCAACGGCGCCGCGCCCGCUGCGACGCCCGCCAAGAAGAUCUCCGUCCUGACCAUCGAGAACUGGAAGGAUGUUCUCCACGAGCCUGUCAAGGCUGAGGCCACAACUCCUGAGGAGUGGUGGGUCCUGAUCACUGGCGGCAACAAGACUUGCUUCGGUCACUGCGAUAAGAUCGAGACCGCCUUCAACGAGAGUGCGACAAAAUUCGCUAAGCUUCCCGAAUCUCCCCACCUGGGUCUUCUGAACUGUGACGAUCAGCCCGUCCUCUGCAACGGCAUAUCUGCAGGCACCGCGUCCAUCUGGUCCAUCGGCAUGUUGCCUGCUGGAUCCGAGAUCGACAUCUACAGGAAGCGCCUCAACGUAACAACCACCACCUCGGACGACAUUAUUGACCUGUGGAAGAACAAGUCCAAGGAGGACUGGAUUCUGACGGAGAACAUCUUCCACCCCUUUAACAGCUUCGUCGGCAAGAACAACCUGACCCUCCCCGUUGGCUACUUGUUCUGGGCCUUUAACCUUAUCCCCAACUGGCUUUUCAUGCUCCUCGUCUCCUUUGGCAGCCGUACUAUCAUGAACCGCCGCAUGAACAACACCAUCGACCGCCGCCAAAACGCAGCUGCUGGCGCUGCCCCUGCUGGCAGUGCCGCGCGGUAA